UUUGGAUUUGCCAAAUCUAAAAGAAGGAACAACGACGACGGGCUCUUAUUAUUAUUAUUCCCCCCUUCAACAACUUAUACAACUCGCACGUCCUUCUUUCCAGGUCAUGUCACCUUCCGUUAUGACGUCUGAACGCAUUUCCCUUGGUGAUGUUACACCCAACAAUGUGGGUCAAUUACGUAAAUUGAAUCAGGUCAUUUUCCCUGUCAAUUAUGCUGAAAAAUUCUACCAAGACGUUUUGGAAGUGGGUGAACUUGCAAAACUAGUUUACUACAAUGACGUAUGUGUCGGUGCAGUAUGCUGUCGCAAAGAAACUAAUGACAAGGAAACGCGAGUAUACAUGAUGACCUUGGGCGUGUUGAAGCCAUACCGACAGCUUGGUUUAGGCCGUCGUCUUUUGGACCAUAUUUUGGAACACGCAUCAGCUUAUUCAUCGAUCUAUCUGCACGUUCAAAUCACCAACGGAUCGGCAUUGAACUUUUACAAGAAGAACGGCUUUGAAGUUGUUGACACUGAAAAGGAUUACUACAAGCACAUUGAGCCACGAGAUGCUUAUGUUUUGCGCAAGGCUUUAUAAUCAAUAUGAUGGAAGCAGUUUAUCUUCUUUCUUUUUUGCUAUGGAAACGUAAAUAUAUCAUCAUCUCCUUUGGCACCUAUCAUUCCGCAACUCCCAUCAGCAAUCCCCUCCUUUGCACACGUACACUACUUUUUGGAAACAGCAAACCCCAUCCCACCCCACACCCUACAUCUUUUUUUUUUCCGUCUAUUUUUUAAUGGAAAUCUUUCGAAAACCUAUAACAUUUCGCACCGUAACAAGACAAACCUUGGGGGGGCAAGCAUAUAUCUACAAACAAUGGGGAUGACUGAUAUGGGAGUUCACAUGGGUUAAUGGAAAGGACAAUUGUUCUUUGUCAGUGAGAAAUCAUCCCAUGAGUUAUGACAAAAUAAAUUCCGUUUGAACAGGUUGUACC